AGAGACGGAAGAGGCGCGGGCCGGGAAAGGAGCUGUCUGGACGCUGCGGCGCCUCGGUCCCUAUGGCGCUGUGGCGCGGGUCUGCGUACGCCGGCUUCCUGGCGCUGGCGGUGGGCUGUGUCCUCCUGCUGGAGCCGCAGCUGCCCGGCUCGGCGCUGCGCUCGCUGUGGAGCUCGCUACAGCUGGCGCCCGCGCCCCCGGGACCCGGCUCCCCUGAGGGCCGCUUGGCGGCCGCCUGGGACGCGCUCAUUGUACGGCCGGCCCGGCGUUGGCGCCGCGUGGCCGUGGGAGUCAAUGCCUGUGUGGAUGUAGUGCUCUCAGGAGUGAAGCUCUUGGAGGCGCUUGGUCUGAGUCCUGGGAAUGGGAAAGAUCACACCAUUCUGCAUUCAAAGAAUGAUCUGGAAGAAGCUUUCAUUCAUUUCAUGGGGAAGGGAGUGGCAGCUGAGCGCUUCUUCAGUGAUAAGGAAGCUUUCCAUGACAUUGCUCAAAUUGCAUCAGAGCUCCCAGGAGCCCAGCACUAUGUAGGAGGAAAUGCAGCUUUAAUUGGACAGAAAUUUGCAGCCAACUCAGAUUUAAAGGUUCUUCUUUGCGGUCCAGUUGGCCCAAAGCUACAUGAACUUCUUGAUGAUAAUGUAUUUGUUCCACCAGAGUCAUUGCAGGAAGUGGAUGAGUUCCACCUUAUUUUAGAGUAUCAAGCAGGGGAGGAGUGGGGCCAGUUAAAAGCUCCCCAUGCCAACCGCUUCAUCUUCUCCCACGACCUUUCCAACGGGGCCAUGAAUAUGCUGGAGGUGUUUGUGUCUAGCCUGGAGGAGUUUCAGCCAGACCUGGUGGUCCUCUCUGGAUUGCACAUGAUGGAGGGACAAAGCAAGGAGCUCCAGAGGAAGAGGCUCUUGGAGGUUGUGACCUCCAUUUCUGACAUCCCCACUGGUAUUCCAGUUCACCUAGAGCUGGCCAGCAUGACCAACAGGGAGCUCAUGAGGAGCAUUGUGCAUCAGCAGGUCUUCCCCGCGGUGACUUCCCUUGGGCUGAACGAACAGGAGCUGUUAUUUCUCAGCCAGGCGGCAUCUGGACCCCACUCGUCCCUCUCUUCCUGGAAUGGUGUCCCUGAUGUGGGUAUGGUCAGCGACAUCCUCUUUUGGAUCUUGAAGGAACAUGGGAGGAGUAAAAGCAGAGCCUCAGACCUCACCAGGAUCCAUUUCCACACGCUGGUCUACCACAUCCUGGCAACCGUAGAUGGACACUGGGCCAACCAGCUGGCAGCUGUGGCUGCGGGAGCUCGCGUAGCCGGGACACAGGCCUGCGCGACAGAGACCAUAGAUGCCAGCCGAGUGUCCCUGAGGGCGCCCCGCGAGUUCAUGACUUCCCACUCAGAGGCCGGCUCCAGGAUCGUGAUAGACCCCAGCAGGCCGGUCGCAGAGUGGCACAGGGAGGGGGUAUCCUUCCACUUCACACCAGUACUGGUGUGUAAAGAUCCCGUUCGAACCGUGGGCCUCGGAGAUGCCAUUUCUGCCGAAGGCCUCUUCUAUUCAGAGGUCCGCCCUCACUAUUAGGGAGGUGGCUACGGGUCACUUCCCUGAGGAGAGCUAGCCGAUGUAAGAACUACAGGCAAAAUAGGAUGGAGGGUGUCAGAACAGUUUCUAGAUCUAAUUGAAAGAUAGCCAAAGAGACAACAGAUUAAACUGUAUCAGAUACAUUCCAGCCUGUUGAAGAUUUCACAAAAACAUUUCAGGUUUUAAUCAGAAUUUAGCUGUCUACUAACGAGACUGGAUUUUUGGUUUUUUAUGUUGUGUGUUACGGGGGUAAAACUUGAUUCCCAUAUUCCCAUUUUACGCAGCCUUGCCAAGUAUCUUAGGCCAGACUUUGCCCUGGAGAGCAUGUCAGCUGGAGAAAGCACUUCCCCUGUUGCCCCCUGAGGAAGCGCAUGCUCGCUCACCUGAACUCCCGGUCUCCAG